AUGAAAAGAAACCACAACGCUGCGUCGAUCUGUAUCAGUCACACUCUCAGACGUGACUCAAAUGUGUACGGCGAUAUUGAAUUGAAUGAUGUUGGAGAGUCUUCACUGGAAAAGCUUGGAUGGUUCCGAUUCCACAACGAUCAGUGGAACAUCAGACGAGGUGCAAUCAAGCUGCGCCAUGCCCAUAAUGUAUACUUCACCAAUUGUUUGGAGCAGAUUUAUUACUCAGCAAUCGAUGCCAAUUACGUAGUGUUCAACAGCAGUAACGAGCAGACGUUAAAUUUCGACAUGGGUCGACUGGUGUCUUCAGAUCCAUGGAUCGAGACGGCUACGUACGCGGAUCGGGUGGUUAUCGUAAAGCAUGCUGAAGGCCUGCACGUCACUAUGCAUGUGAUAACAGAAACUCGUCCAAAAGUUGUGCGACACUCUUCGGAGUUCAUUGAUUUCAUGGGAUCGAUCCAUCUGGAUCAGCAUAGUAAUCGCUACUUGAAAUGUCACCUUCCUGCUCGUGGGACGAUUCUUGGAGGCAUCUACACCAAUGAAACGAAAUCAGAAAUACAGGAGCGUCUUUAUGUCCCACUAGCGACCACAAAAGUAGCAAACUUUACGACACGAAUAUCACUUCCAACCUCGGUCAAUCGCACUCAGUACGUAUGCUUUCACCCAAAAGGUGAUCCUGAUGGAGAAAUCUGCCAUUGUUUUUACGCUAUCAAUUUGAAGAAGGUUUCUACGCGGAAUGACGACGAUUUCCACGAAGGAAAGGGAUCAUGUCCUGAAUGCAAUCAGCGCUCGGCCGAUGUGCUACAGUGGAUAUUUGACAGCAUUGCACUGGAGUUCAACGAGUCUUUUCAAGUCUUGAAAAUGGCGUUCCUCAUUGGCUGUAUCAUAGUUGUUACUAUUGCCUUUUGUUUAAUUGUUUACUUCAUUUCUAAAGAGCAUUAG